AUGGCUAAAUUGAAGAAGACACAGAAUCUACCCAACAUUCACUGGAACGAGAACGAGCACUCGCAUGUGUGGAAACUCAUUGUGGAAAUCAGCGCAAAGGCAAAUUACAAGGUCUUGUUUGGUAAAAAAGAUCAACAUGAGAACACAUCUGGCAAGACAAAGGCCAGCAUUUAUAAACGGAUUGGUGCUAUUGUCCUACCAGAGUGCUAUGAGAUUGAUCCGACAGCAACCAGUGACUGUGUCAAGAGCAAACUUGAAUCGUUUUGGAAGCAAUGCUCAGUGUACUUCUCAACAGCACCUUCAGAGCACCCUGCAGUCUGGGCUAUGUCUUCUAGUGAAGCACCGUUUCCAUACCGCCCCAUCUGGUACAGUGUCACACCUAACUGA